UUCUGGACUCCAUAUUCAGCUCCAGCUUUUUCACUUCAUUAGCCUACGAGACGAUUCACUUGCUGUUACAUGGACAAUAUUGUCAGCCCAUGCAUUUGUCACAGCAGGCUACUCUCUGUCGACUGGCCGUCUCAGCUCUACCAUAUGAGAUGGGCAGCAGAUCAUCGCAGGAUUCGUCUUCUCAGCUUUGCGAACGGGGUUCAAGACACUUGCUUUCAAGCCUUUCAACCAUUCAUGAAUCCUGAUGACUCAAGCAGAGUUCCCACUGGAGUCGCUUCUUCCGAUGCGCUUCUCGAAAGCAGAACGCAUCGAUGAUGGAACUUUUGCUGCAUGGUGAGUCUUCUCUAGCCAAAAUGCUCAGAUGGGUCCACCACCGUCUGUCCCACAAAUGUCGCAACAGCAACCAGCGAUCGAUCUUCUUCCGAGCCAUCAGUCAGAUCCAAUCGCGACAUCAUCGCAACGAAAAAGACAGCGACCUCCACAUCACGGCAACGGUGCUGCAGCUUCGUAGCCAAGACCAUAUUUUUCUCGUAUUCCUCCUCUUUCCAAAACCCGGCCGAGUCGUUCGUAUUACUGUACACAACAUGACUGCCGAUGCUGGAGUUAACACAUCACUUCCGCCUCGUCUCAUCUAUGUCAGGAUACACGACACAUGGCAACCUGUCAUGUUUCCUCAACAUGGGCCAAGAGCGGGAGAUGACAAAAUUUGCUGCAGGUACAGCCACAUGCUUGGAUGCUUGGAGUGUCCACAGACUGCAGGAACGGAGGCUUGGAACCAAGAACAUAAAACGCAUAACGGUGAGCUUGCAUACAAGCUUUAUGCAUCGUGACAGAUUUUUGUGGAGAUUUGCACGCGCGCCGAGGUUGUCUUGGAAGCAUAAUAACAAUAACAAUCUACCAAGAAGUAUAGAUAAAGGAGAUACGACAGC